AUGGCCCCAGCCGUCGAACGCAUCACCCUCUUCAAGAUCCCCGACGAGGCGGCCCGGGACCGCGUGCUGGAGCAGUACAAGGUCCUUGCUAAGACGGCCGUCAAGGACGGAAAGCCAUAUAUCGUCAGCGCGGCCGCGGGGCCUUCGUUCCCCGAUCCUCGCAACAAGGGGUACAAUCUCAGCGUCAAGACGACGUUUGCCUCACUGGAGGAUAUGAAGUACUACGAUACCGAGUGUGAGGCGCACAAGGCGCUGAAGGCGGUGGUGGGACCUGUGCGGGAGGAUGUGUUGACGACGUACUUUGAGAGUGUUCUGUGA